UAGGAAUCAUCCUUCCAAUUCGGUUAUCAAACGUAAACCGUUCCAUAUGUCAUUGUUAUUCAGGAUGUCUGCAAGAACUCCAUCUUCUGCAUACCACAAACGAAUGGCUCUCUUAAUGGUGGACAGUUUACCCCAGUGCCAGUUACCAUCGUGCACGGUGAAAUUCCCUACUCGUUCAUGCUUUCCUACCUGUUUGCUCCCGUGUGUAAAACACGCCCCGCAACAGGGAUGGCCAGAUGUUUCCGGUAUUUUUGUUACUUGCUGUUCUUACUACCCUUGGCCUGGGAAGUUUUAUGAAUGAAAGCUACCAACCCUUUCGAUACAGUUGUAAAACUGUCCUUGUAGGAGUGUUGUACCUCGUUGGUUUGGUUUUUUUUUCACCUACACACGCGCGAACUUUACCUAGUCCUAGCGUCCAACAUAGAAAGGAUCGCUUCUGCAGCCCCACUGGCUCAUUAGCGAGCUGACCGUUGAGGUGUGAACACAUGGUCUGAACCAUCUACCGACUACGACAUUUCGUGCAAAAUACCGUGUGAUGUGUGAUCGAUCGUGGUGAACAUUGAACAUCAAUAUUUAAGUGAAACGAUCUGUGAAAAAAUCAUUCAACACAAUGAAGCGCAGCGUCAUUCAAUCGUAUACAGCCGUGCGUUUAACUGUGUUACUUUGCUGUCUUGGAAUGGCCACAGGCCGGAUAAUUCACCGGAUUAGUGAUUACAAUGCGCCGAUGGCGGAACCAGUGCGUCAGUGCCGUGCAAUCUGCUUGGCAAACCAUUUGCACGAGGAGAUCAACAAUAUCGUCGUGACGGAUGAGUGUACGGAUCGGCCCAAUUGCUUCAUGUGCUGGGAUUAUUGCAAGAUUCUGCACGAGGAGAAACGCAUCGUUCGCGAUUUGAUGUGCAGUGAUGUGAUUUGUUACUCGGGAUGUAAGACGGCGUGCAAAUACUACGGAGGUUUCUUUCGGAAUGUGAAACCGAAAACUUUGUUAAGGACCCUCGCACUGCCGACCAGUCACUACGCUGUAGAACCCAGUGCAACCUAAUCAACUGCCUCGUUUCUAAUCGUUACCACCACCAACGAAGGGCCUUGUUCCAGCGUACAAAGCAUUGUAAAUACGUCACUAGUGCUUAUUUAAAACCUUGUUGAAUAUUGUGUAGGAUAGCUAGAUUGUAAAUAUGGAAUGGAAGGACGCAUUGAAAUAAAACCGUGUUUUUACUGGUUAAGAAACAUUUGUAAG